AAACGCUGGCCUACAUUUCACAGGAGAGCAUUCUGAGACCGUUGGUGGAAUCCAUUCUUUCCAAGAAACCUGGUGGAGAACGCAUAAUAAAUGAAUACCAUCGAACCAAGUCCUUGCAGGAUGACAACAGAAGGAAAAUGGUGAACAUAUUGGCAGCUGACUUGACAGAGAAGAAUGGUACUUCACCACCCAGACAGCUGAAAGAAAAGUAUGCCAGAGGAAUCGUGACCUUAUUCCCCUACCUCAGUGACCCACACUCUAAGAAUGGCUAUGAGCAUUAUUAUGAUGGCGAGAGUGGCAGUGGGUACUUGGCCUGGAGGAUUAAAACUAUUCAGAGAAGCGCUGCUAAAGACAGACGAUCAUCAUUUGGAGAAUCCUGUGGAGGACCAUCUCAUGGAGGAGGACCAACUGCCAGACGAGAUUCCCAUGUUGUUCCAGAGACUGCCCUGAGCGAAGAGGAGUGCAAGGAAGCGAUCUCACUAAUGAAACAUUCAGCUGAUGAGGACACAGUGAAGAACAAGAUGAAACUGACAUUUGACUAUAGGCGCAACAAGGUCCUCGACCCCCAGCAGUCAAGCAGCAUACUGUCUGACUUUCCACGUUUCCAAGACGUCAAGGGCUUGGUUGAACAGGAUUUCGUUCUGAUGUUUGGAGAGGGUGUAUCAGGCAAGCUUCUGGAAAGGUGGCCGACCACAUACAAGAAAAAGAUCAUCCAACAAUGCAGACAGCUUCCAUCCACCAGUGAGCUUGAAGAGCUCCUGCUGGCAGCUGAUCCUCCUGAGGAUGACACUGAAGUGGAUGCUGACGUUGGUUGGGACAGUGACCUCUCAUCGGUUUUACUGCUGUUGCACCUGAUUCCACCCUCUGCUCAGGGUCGGAAGAGACCAGGGAAGGUGUCGGCGUCCCAAGCAGAGAAGCAUCUUGUGGUCUUCAAGAAGACUGGAACAAGCAUCCAAGAGCAUCUUGAUGCCAUCACUACCAGCGUUCAACCCUAUCUCCUGGCUGUUGGAGUGAAGAAGAAUGCGAUCCACCAGUUCUACAUCGUUCUCGAGAAGAAGGCCAUACCUUGCAAGUCAAUCUCUUCUCUUGGUGCUUUUGAUGAACUCUUUAAGGCACAUUAUGUGUUUGGCACAGCAUACAACACCAUGCUUCGCAACAUGUACACGUUCCUCCAGACCACUGUGUACAGUAUUGAUGUUGGGAUUGUCAAGGAGAGUCCUCGUGUUGCUGAAGUUAGGGCGAGGUUGCUUCAUUAGUGCAUGAGGUUUCUCCUCCACCAUGAAGUGUUUUGAUUGUCAGAAGGAGUUAAGUUGUUCAAAUAUGCUUGUUAGGCAUUUGCGAUUAGUUCACGGUUACUUGCCAGGAAAAAAUCUUCGCCUUAAAUGUGUUCAGACUGGAUGUGGCUAUAUGUUUGGUACGUUUUCUGGUUUUAGGAAACAUUUAAACACCAAACACACUGAGUAUAUUGACCAAGAGGUUGACACUGAUGUUAAUGUAAACAGUGUAGGAGAGGCGGUGAUAGCUAAUGUAGAUGAGACCGCCACAACAUCUGAUGUCGAUGUGACGGCCACAUGUGAACUGUUCAGAAACUCCAAUAGGAGCACUCUAGAUAUGUGUGCCACUGCUGUCGCACAACUCAAGGCUGCUGGAUUAAGUCAGUCUACUGUAAAUAGUUUUGUCUCAACCAUGGAAGAAGUGGUUUCCAAGAUUCAUAGUCAGGCUAAAGAUGCAGCUCUACAGUGCUUAUCUCCACAGGACACAGAAAAUAAGAACAGCAUAGAACAGUCAUUCCAAAAGUUGGAAAACCCAUUCACACCCUUAAAUUCAGAGGCUAAAAGAAACAAACACUUCACAGAGAAAUGGGGAAAAGUUGAACCCAUUGAAAAGGUGCUUGGCACAAGAUUUGACAGCAGAAGAAACAAAACUACUGGGACAUAUGACCAGGUCAUUGUAACUGAUAAGUUUGCAUAUAUUCCCAUUUUGGAAACACUGAAGAGCAUUUUUCAAAACCCAGAACUUGCAGACAUGUUAAAGCCCAGGCACAUGACCAAGGAAGGUGUGUAUGCAGACUUGAGAGAUGCCACCUAUUUUAAAGAAAGUCCCCUGUUUUCUGUAGAAAAAGAUUCCUUACAAAUUCAGCUUUUUUAUGAUGACUUUGAAACUGCAAAUCCAUUGGGCUCUAAAAAGGGUAUACAUAAAUUAGGUGCUAUAUAUUUUACAUUAAGAAAUUUUCCCCCAAUCUAUAAUUCCUCUUUGAUUAAUAUUCAUUUGUGUGCUCUUUUCCAUGCACAGGACAUUAAGCGUUAUGAUUUUAAUUUGAUACUUGAGCCACUUGUCAAUGAUCUGAAAGUACUGGAGACAGAGGGACUUAAAAUUCCCAUGUUUAGACACGUGAUUCGUGGUACCAUAGUUCAGGUCACCGGGGAUAACCUUGGCUUACAUGGUCUGUUUGGGUUUGUGGAGUCAUUUGGGGCUCGGUAUUGCUGUCGUUUCUGUCUCCUUGAGAAAGCUCGUUUUCAGACUGUAUUCUGUGAAGAUGAUCCGGAUGUUGUACUAAGAACUGUUGAGAUGCACGCACAACACUGUCAAACUAUACAGACAGAUCCUACGCUACCUCAUAUAUAUGGUGUGAAACGCAGUUGUCUGUUGAAUUCACUUCAGUAUUUCAACACAGCCACCAACUUCUCUGUAGAUAUCAUGCAUGAUAUUUUAGAGGGGGUUGCUCAGUUUGAGGUGAAACUUGUUCUCCGGUACAUUCUUCAGGAGAAACUUCUAAAUGCUGAACAACUGGCUGGCAGAAUACAUGCUUUUGACUAUGGUUACAAUCAGCAGCGAAACCGUCCUCCAAGAGUCAAGUUGUUGGAUGGAAGUAAUGAUUUGGGGUUGAAUGCCACACAGUCUUGGUGCUUGUUGCGCAAUAUGCCUCUGCUAUUUGGUGAUUUAAUACAGACAGAUGAUAAGUACUGGCAUCUUCUGCUUUUGCUUCUACAGAUUGUUAACAUUGUAUUUUCACCAGUCCUGUCAGAUGGCAUGACCAUUUAUCUCAAACAUUUAAUCACUGAUCAUCAUCGGCUCUUCAAGCAGUUAUUUCCUACAAUCAACCUAUUGCCAAAGCAUCACUUCAUGAUACAUUACCCUCGUAAUAUAAGGAACAUCGGCCCAAUUCUGCACAUGUGGUGCAUGCGUUAUGAAGCUAAACAUAACUUCUUUAAGAGACAAUUAAAAAGCUUUAAAAACAUUACAAAGACAUUAGCCAAAAAGCACCAAAGUUGUAUGGCAAUGUAUCAGGAGUCCUUUACCAAGGAAAGAUUAACCUUAGGUCCAGGAAAGAUGGUGGCACUUGUUGAGCUCAAAGAAGGUCCAGAGAUUGCUUCCAUAUUUGGAGAUAGUAACCAGUGUUUUUUCUGCCAAGUGGAUAAAACAUCAUGGUACAGAGUACCGCUGUGACUUGAUUAUCUGUACUGAGGUAGCAUUUGAGAUGCCUGUGUUUUGUAAGAUCAAGACUAUUGCUGUGAAAGAUGACAGUGUAUUGCUCUGUGGAAAACUGAUGGAAACCAUGUGUUUUGAUGACCAUUACCAUGCCUUUAAGGUCAGACUGCAUCCAGACAGAGUUGUAAAGGUGUUGGAUAUAAAUCAGCUGUGUUACUUCAAACCAUUUGAUGUUCAAAUGAAGUAUGGAACGACAGAUUUCUCAAACUACAUUGUUCCAUAUUGCCACUUUAUGCAGACCUGCUGAGGUCAAUGUUGUUGUUUUUUAUGAGAUGUUUUAUUAUUUUUUUAGGCCUGACCUAAAAAUAAAAUUGUUGAAUUCA